GGUUUUUGGAUGUCGAGCGAUGGCGGUCGGAGCUCCACCGUUCGUCUAUGCCGGUAAUGUCUCCUGCGCGCUCCUCGGCCGCUGUAGAUUCCAGAGAAAUCACGGCGCUAGGGCGAUGGUGGAACAGCCUGAUGCCGCUCCAGAGGAGAAGAAGCCCAGGAAGAAGAAUGCGGCCAAGAAAUUGGCUUCCGAGGGCUCUGGGGCUCCCCGCCGGAAGAAAUCUUCAUCUUCUUCUUCCGAGGUGGCAAGCAGUAGCGUUUCCCGGAGAAGAAAUCCUCUCACAGGUAGUGGUAACGGACAGGAUGAGGAUUCUUUGAUCCAAGAAGGCAAAGAAGAUAGAUUUCUAUCUAGCAGUGGAGCUGUGGAGGUGGAGGUGGAAGCAGCAGAGUUUGAAGAUCCAGAAGAGGUGGAGAAGAGGAAAAGUUUCUUCCGGAACCCAGCGCGAAGGCUAUGGAAGAAACAGUUUCCAUGGCUGGGAAGGGAGUUCGAGGAGACUUUCGUGAAGCCUAGGAACGAACCAAAUCCUCUGGUUUGCUGCUUUGGCGAGGCGUACAAGGACUUCAUUCCUUCCGUCCGGGUGUGCGUAAAGCAGAUGGACGAAGAUGCCUACUCUACGUGGAAAGGCUUGCAGUGGAUGCCUCCGGAGUUCGCACGAAGCCCAGGGACAUCGCCUGCCAAUGUUGCUAUCUCGAUUGCUCGUCUCGCUGGGAAGGCAGCCUUCAUUGGCAAACUUGGCAAUGACGAUCUCGGCAAGGAGCUUCUCGAGACUCUACGAGAAAACAAAGUCGAAACCAAGGGCGUGAUAGUCGACCAGCUACGUUCCUCGUCUCUGUCAAGGUGGAAGAUUGAACGGCUUGGGAAGCGCAAACUAUCCAUGCAAUGCCUACGCGAGAGCGCUGAAAACAACCUUGACAUGUCCGAGGUUAACAUGGACAUUCUCAAGGAGGCGAAACUUUUCCAUUUCUCAUCGAUCAGCUUGACAACGGAAAAAAUGUGCUCGACACUCAUGUCCGCUAUCGAUGCUGCCCGAGGCUUUGGCUCGCUCAUAUUCUUUGAUGUGAACUUCCCUCUUCCAUUCUGGAUAUCACGAGACGCGACGUGGGAAGCUAUCGAGAAGGCGUGGACGAGCUCGGACAUUAUCAAAAUCAACAAGGUGGAGCUUGAGUUCCUGAUUGAAGACGAAGGCUUAGCGAUGAGGCUUCUUGCUAAGGACUCCAUAGCUUCAUCAUGGGAAGAAUUUCAGGCCCGGAAAAAUCAGCGGUUUGAGUACCACUACACCCUUGAGCAGAUUGCUCCGAUAUGGCGUGACAACAUCAAAAUUCUCUUCGUCACGGAUGGUACGUACAGGAUUCAUUACUAUACUCCAAAGUUUCACGGCGACGUUGUUGGCACGGAAGAUGUGAUUGUCUCUGCUUUCAGCUGCGACAGAACAGGGUCUGGUGACACCAUCUCUGCCGCGAUUAUCAGAAAGCUGGUGGCCCAGCCUGAUAUUUUCGAAGAUCAGGACCGGCUUGAGAGGGCCUUGAGGUUCGUAGUUGCUGCGGGAGUUAUAUCUCAGUGGACUAUCGGAGCUGUCCGAGGCCUUCCGACUGAAAGUGCAGCACAGAAUCUCACAGAGCAGAUGUUUCCGCUCACCCAGAUUUAGGACCAUCGCCGGCUCACGUGUGCAGCAGCAAAGGUCGCAGCCAAGCCUCCACCCGUAUCAUGUCCGGUCUCUGCAUGGGAUCUCUCUGAAUACACUUGAGAGCUGUCUGCUGGAUCGUUCGUGCCUGACUCCCGUUGUACGACUUCUCCAACUUGGGAUCCAUAAAUCGUUUCAGCUUUUGCUUCAGCAA